AUGACCGCACGCCUCGACCAAUGGUCCGCGGCUCGGCUAUCUGGGCCCGCCGAGUCGGCUCUGACGAAGUCCACGCCAGUGCCGAAGCGGUCGGGGAGGCAGUGGCCCUAUGGGCACGGCGCCUUCCAGCUGCUACACAUAUUCGGCGCGGUCAUCGCACUCUACAACUACGGGCUGCACUACGAGAGCUUCAGGCUAACAGCUGGCGUAAUGGAUCACUGGUGCAGGAGGCCCGAUUCCAUGAAGAACCUCAGCGUGGACGAGUGGAAACAGCUGGCCAUACCGGUGGACGAGCGAGGCAAGCACAGCCACUGUACAAUGCGCGACCCCCCGGACGGUGGCCAUGCGGCUCGCAUCGUGCCUUGCGCAUCGUGGGAGUUCGACCUCGGCCAGUACGGGAACAACAUCGUCAGCCACUGGAACCUAGUGUGCGACAGGCGCUGGCUCAUCGACGUCGCGAGGCUCGUGUACGCGGCUGCAAGCAUGGCUCCGCUGCCCGCAGUCGGAGCGCUCGCGGACAGCAUCGGUCGCAAGGUGGUGCUCUUCUUAACCGUACCCGUAGUCCUCAUAUCGGGCACCGCUAGUGCCGUGCCGAAUGACUUCCACUUCUUCGUGACUGCGCGCGCCAUCGUAUCAGCCUCCACGAGUGCCCUGAUACCACCUAUGUACGCGCUGAUUUAUGAAUUGUCACCGAUAGAGAAAUACCCUGCGACCAUAAUCAUGGUCUCGCUAACUGCUUUGGUUCUGUCACCGAUCACGCUGUUUACUGCUCAACUCGUGAAGGCAGGUUGGGCGACGCUGCAGCUGAUAUUGAUGGUUCCAACAUGUCUUCUCCUGCUACUUUAUUACACCAUCGAGGAGUCACCCAGCUGGCUUUUGGAGACCGGCAAUGUCAGGGAAGCCGAGCGCAUCGCUUUGCGUGCUGCAAAUAUGAACAAGGUCUCCAUAGAGGACUGCCGAUAUCUCAUGACAAGUCAAGUAGCGGAAAUUCAGGCCCGCAGUCAGGAUGCUGGACAUAGCAGCGGUAUCUGCAGUCCACGGUUCAGGGCUUGCACCAUUACCAUUUGCUAUAUGUGGACUGCGAUAAGCUACGCCUUCGACACCUUCGUCAUAAACGACGGCGUUCCAGUCGGGGAAAUCGCGACCGCCGUGAGCUUCGUCAUUUGCUUCAUUGUGUGCGUGACCUCGGUGUCGUUUGUUCCCUGCUUCGGCUUCAGGAACUCGGUGGUCUCCACUGGGCUCGUCUUCGCCGUAACACUGACUGCCCUGGCCACCGACCUACGGGAGCAGACUGUGCUGCGUGAUUCGCUCGUAAUUGUGAUGCGCGCAACUGGAACCGUCUGCUUUUCGUACUAUCUCGUCAUAUCCGUCGUCCCGUACCCGGUCAUGACCCGCUGCCUUAGUGUCUCCGUGGGCCUUGCCUUUAGCCGAUUGGGUGAUACCUUGGCCCAGAUGAGUCCAGCGCUGCUUGGUGGCCGCCGUACAACGUUGCAGCUUGCCAUUGCUGCCGCCUUCAUGUCACUUUUCGUGGUGGGCGCUGAACUUGUGCCCUGUCACAUUGACAUUGAACAGCAAUGCCAAUUAGAGCCCAGCAAGAGCUCCGGCCACGUGACAAGCGAGGAUAGGAAGCGCGCCAUGCAAGAGACACUGGUGCGUCUACCAAGGGAGCCCGUCGAGCGCCGGGGCACCACCACCACGAAAGACAAAGCAACGUCCAGCGACUGCGCAAGCCAAACAAGUCGCGAGAAACCAUACUAA